AUGAGCGACUUCUGGCACAAGUUGGGCUGCUGCGUUGUAGAGAAGCCACAACCUAAGAAGAGGAGGAGACGGAUCGAUCGCUCCAUGAUCGGGGAGCCCAUGAACUUCGUCCACCUGACGCACAUCGGCUCUGGUGACAUGGCCGCAAGCGAAGGCCUGCCCAUGACCGGUGCUGUCCAGGAGAUGAGGUCCAAGGGCGGACGGGAGCGACAGUGGAGCAACUCCCGGGUUUUGUAG